GUUCAUUUUAGAGUUGAACUUCUAAAUCUCUCUCAAGAGUCGGCUCAAUAUGCCGCUCCCGGUUACUCUCCUCUCAAUACUUACUUGAGCUUCGGAGCAGGUCCCCGCCGACCACCGGCCGGCGGGUUCCUCUUGUUUUGCAGGUGUCCAUCUCGGAGACUGGUGGCGGACGUUGGCCAGGAGGACAGCGCUCACCGGACCUCAAUCACAUUGAAGCAGGCUCCUCCAAGCUUUGCAUCAACAAUUGGCGCCCACCGUGGGGCCCGGUGAGAUUAAUACCAACAAACCGUCAAUCUAGCAAGACGAGGUGGACACACAAGAUUUGCAAGCCAAAGCCGGAAUUCGUCAAGAUGCAACUCUAAACAUCAAUCAAGUCGCUAUCUCCAAGAAUCGAGGAUCCCAGCGAGAUGGACAUGCAGGAUCUGCAAACUGACGAUGGGAUUCGUCAAGAUGCAACUCCAAACAUCAAUAAAGUUUCUACCUUCAAGAAUCUAAGGAUCCCAACGAGAUGGGCAUGCAUGAUAUGCAACCCGAAGAAGGUAUUCAUCAAGAUACAACUCCAAACAUCAAUCAAUUUGCUAUCUCCAAGAAUCGAGGAUCUCUCGACCAAGAUUGAUUUGUGUCAAUCUUUGGUCCGGAACUGCGGUCCCUCAACCCCACUAGUUCCUCCAUCGAUUUGCCGCGAAAUCAUAGGAUCCUCGAGUCAUCCCAUGGAAUGGCGCCCUAACAUCAACAAGUGGCACCUAUAGCGAGGCUCGAUGAAAAGUUCCAUCAACAAUUUGCGCUUAAUGUGGAGCCCGGUGAAAAAUUUUACAAAUUGUCAUUGUCAACGUCAAACCCGCUAGGAGAGAUGGUGGAGAAACCUGAUGUCGUGCAAUUCACAACGAGGUCGAGGGGGCACCGAUUUUGGUCUGCCUCUCGUAAGACCUACAAUUUAGCAGAGAAGCCCGUUUAGUCUACUAUUUAAGUAGGCUCACCUCCAUGGCUCCAUCAAUGAGGUCAAGGGUUCAAUUCCCCGCGAAUUGCUGUUGUGAAAAAGAUCCACUUUUUCACCCACACCACUCUGCCUCCAUCUCUUCCGAAUCCUGCUCGGACAACUUUUGCAUCAUCAUCACCAAAUUGGCAGGGAAACCUCUUCCCUUCUCAUGCUCCAAUUGAGAAAAAUCCAAGUAUGAGAAAGUUUUUGUAAACUCAAAAACUAUCUGGUAAUCCCUCAUAAAUUCUCAUUUAUACUUGAUAUAAUAAUUCUCCUAUGAUGCUGCAUAAACCAAAUUACUAUCCUUAUCACUAAUACACGGACAACAUUAAA